GUGCUCAAAACUUGCGAUGUGCGAUGAAGAGUGUAUGACCCCCCUUGCAGUGACUGUUCAGAGCUCAAAAUGCCGAAAAGCAAACCUGCGCCUCGCGAUGGCGCCUCCUCGGGGAACAUAACCGAUCCACGCUUUGCCAACUUCCAGACCGAUCCGCGAUACCAAUUGCCGUCCAAGAAGAAGCUCAAGACCAAGCUCGACAAGCGCUUCUCGCGCGUGCUCAAGGAUGCAGACUUCGUCGCGACCGCCAAAGUCGAUCGCUACGGCCGAAAACUGAAAACCGACACCAAAAAGAAGGCGCUUUUGCGGCUGUACGAGGACGAAGACGAGGAGGACAAGGAUGCUCAGGAACCCGAGCGAGAUGUCGAAGUCGACGACGAUGACAUUGUGCGUCGCGAGCUGGAGAAGGCGGAUGCCAAGUACGAUCCUGCUCGCGGCGGCGGUUUCUCCUCGUCCGAGUCGGACUCGGACUCGGACUCCGAAUCCGAAUCCGAGGAAGAGCCGGAAGAGGAGGACGAGGUGGAGGAGUCCCGGCCGGGCAUCCGCCUACGCAGGGAGAAGCAGGAGAUCGAGGUCGGCGAGAUCACAAAUCGAUUCGCUGUUGUCAACAUGGACUGGGAUCACAUCAAGUCAGUCGACCUCAUGGCCUUGUUUUCGAGCUUCGUCCCGGUUGGGGGCCGCAUCGAAAGGGUAUCCAUCUAUCCCAGCGAGUUCGGCAAGGAGCGGAUGCAGCGCGAAGAGCUGGAGGGCCCGCCGAGGGAGAUCUUCAAGAAGGCGAGGGAUUCAGACGAGGAAGAGGAUGACGAAGACUCCACAUCUGAGAGCGAAGACGACGAGGAUUCGACCGGGGACUCGGACGAGGAGGUCAAGAAAGAGCUGCUGCGGGAGGGCGACGACCAGGAUUUUGACAGCGAUGCCCUUCGAACAUACCAACUGGACCGCUUACGAUACUAUUAUGCCGUGGUGAUUUGCUCUGACAAGAACACGGCGCACAAGAUCUACGAGGCCACAGACGGCAGCGAAUAUCUAUCCUCAUCCAACUUCCUCGACCUGCGAUUUAUCCCCGACGACGUGACCUUCGACGACGAACCCAGAGACGAAUGCGACAGUGUCCCCUCCGGGUACAAGCCGAUCGAAUUCGUCACUGACGCGCUGCAGCACUCCAAGGUGAAGCUGACAUGGGACAUGCACCCUGAGGAGGCGUCGAGGAAAGAGUCGAUCAAGAAAGCCUUCACGGGGAGCCGGGCGGACAUUGCGGAGAACGACCUGAGGGCAUACCUCGCAAGCGACAGCGAGAGCGAAGAGGAAAACGAUGCGGAUGUGCCGGCAGAGGCUCAGGAAGUGGACGGGGAGGGAGCGCCGCUCAGCAAGAAAGAGCUCGCACGGCGCAAGAUGCGCGCAGCGCUGGGCCUCAGCGAUGAGCCAGCGCCCAAGCCCUCCAAAUCAGGCCCCGUUGGAGAUAUGCAGAUCACAUUCACGCCGGCACUGUCCGGCAAGCCGGAGAAGGAGGAGGCGGCGGAGACAACCAUCGAAAAGUACAAGCGCAAGGAGAAGGAGCGGAAACAGAAGCGGAAAGCCGCGGCUCUCGCCAAGAGGCAAGGCGUCGACGCGGAUGCCGCCCAAGAUGGGGGAGCCGAAGAGCCGGCUGAAGACCUCGGCUUCGACGACCCCUUCUUCACAGCUGAGCCCGUCCAGCCCUCCAAAUCGGCGAUGCGCAAGGAGGAGCGGCUGAAGAAGCGGGCAGCCAGAGAAAAGGAGGAAGCCGAGAACGCCGCUCAGAAGGCUCAGCUCGAGCUGCUCAUGGCUGACGAGAACGGAGGCGCCGCGCACCUGGACCACUUCGACAUGAAGGAGAUCAUGCGCUCGGAGAAGCAGAAGGGCAAGAAGAAGAAAAAGAAGGGUGGCAAGGGCGCCGAGGACCAGGGCGGGCUGCAAGAGGACUUCCAGAUGAAUGUCGAGGACUCCCGGUUCAAGGCCGUGUUCGAGAACCACGAGUUCGCCAUCGACCCGUCGAAUCCCAAGUACAAGGCGACGCAGGGCAUGAAGAAGCUGCUGGAAGAGAGUCGGAAGAAGCGCAAAGCCGGCCCGGACAACCCGCCCGACCGCGGGGAGGACGGGAGGAGUUCUAAAAAGGCCAGGGCAGAUGGGGAGCUGGGCGAGCUCAGCAGCUUGGUGGAUGCAGUCAAGAAGAAGGUCAAGGCCAAAAGGUAGCGGAUGGUUUGGCGAGCUGUAAAUAUCCGACAAUACAUGUAACUUCUAUGCCCACUAAACUUCCUCCUCCCCAUACAUUGUCAUUCCUGCCUUCGACAGCCUACAUUGAUUC